AAAAAGCUUGAUUCGACUCGGUUCGAAGCUGAGUUCGAGCCGAGUCGAGCUGAUUUUUUGAGCUCGAAAAUGAGUUCGAGCUGGCCCCAGCUCGACUCGACUUGGAUCGAACCCAACUCGAAUUGAACUCGGAUCGAACCAGUUUGGUGACUUGGUUACUUUGAUAUUGAUGUUGCUCACCAAAUGUUUGAUGAAAUGACUCAAAGAAGUGUGGCUGGUGGCAACUGGCAAGGAAAGUAUGUAUGUGAAACGAACACCCCUUUUUUCUUGAUUUUUAUGUUGCUUAGAAGGUGUUUGAUAAAAUAUCUGUAAAACCAUUGCUGUUGUCUCAAAUACAGUGAGAUUUUGAAAGUGCAGUCCAGGUGUUUGUGAAAAUGCUGCAAUGGCGAACUCGGCUCAAACUGGCCCGAGCUGUUGACCGAACCGAGCCGAGCUGGCCAGUCAGGCUCGAGGACUGAGCCGAGCCGAGUUCGAGCUGAGGUCAGCUAGUGGCCGAGCCGAGUCGAGCUGAGGCCAGCUCAACUCGGUUCAACUUGAUGUACACCCCUACAUAUAAUGCCAAGGACUGUUCUCUUAACCCUUUUGGUGGGCAUAGAAUCUGGGCCAUUUAAUGUGCUAACGACAAUCUCAAGAUCUUAACAUUGUUGAUGGCCCUAGAAUUUGGGUUGUUGACCAUUCUCUUAAGUGUUUACAUCUAAAUAUUGGUGGAAAACAUACAAUUCUCAAAUUUCUUUUUUAAUUCCCAAUCUUUAUAAAAAUAUUUACCUCAGCUGAUGUUUUCAGAAACUUUGUAACUAAUAAUUGUGCCACUGGCUUACUCAAUAUAAUUUUAUGCAGGUUUGCAUUAAGCAGGACGGAAUGAAGUCGCCUUUGGGUAGUUCUGAAUGCUCCAAAGGUGGUGAUGAUAGUAACAAAAUCCUAUUACCUGUAAAGAAAAAGAGCAAAACAAAAGGCACGAAUCAGUGUAAGAAGAAGGAAGUGCCGCAGCUGAGCAAAUCCCAGAAACGGAAAUUGAAACAACUGCAGGAAGAGAAGGAGAGAAAGGCCUUGGAAUUGAAAAGUAUUAAGAUCUUGGAGAAGUACAAAAUUCACGAUGAUGCAUAUUCCCUUCUGCGGUCUUCAGGGAACAUGGGUCAGGCGGAAACCAUGCGAGAAAAACGCAUAAGAGCCAUGCAACUUUCUAAAGCAGGUUUGGAAGUGCCACAAGAUGGUCAGCCCUUCCAAAAGAAGGGCAGUAGUCAAGGUUCUUCCUUGCAGAAUGAAGUCACUAUGGAACCUGGUUCUGAGAAGGGCAGCUCCAAACAGGACCCUCAAGAUGGCAGUGAACUGAAACCAAUGAUAACUGGAGGAGAUUGUGUUGAUGCCUGUGGGCAUUCAGACAAUCAUCCAAAGCCUACCAUUAGUGGAGCACUAGGUGCAGAUGCUGGAGCAGAUGUCACCUUACCAAGCCUGGAAGUUGCUGAUAAAGACAGGGGUACAUGCAUGCCAGGAGAUAGGAAAAUAUUUCCAAUUGUUUCUUGUAGCAAUGACAGAGGAAAAUGCACUAAGCUUCAGGAUAGGGAUGGAGAUGGUCCAAAAAUAGACUGCCAGAAUAUCAGUGCUGUUUCAAAUCUUGCGGGCCAUCAACCUGUGAAUGGCAGGACUGUAGUGCAUGUAUCAAGACCAAAGGAGGUUGAAAGCAAAAGGGGGGAUCUCCCUAUAGUCAUGAUGGAGCAGGAGGUUAUGGAAGCUAUCAAUGAACAUUCUACUGUUAUUGUUUGUGGAGAGACUGGAUGUGGCAAGACUACUCAAGUUCCUCAGUUCCUCUAUGAAGCUGGGUUUGGUUCAAGAAAUUGCAAUGAUAAAAAAGGAAUUAUUGGUAUUACUCAACCACGCCGUGUUGCAGUUCUUGCCACUGCCAAGCGAGUGGCCUUUGAACUAGGCCUUCGUUUAGGAAAGGAAGUCGGUUUUCAAGUUAGACAUGACAAGAAGAUUGGAGAGAAUUGCUCCAUCAAGUUCAUGACAGAUGGAAUUCUGCUUCGUGAAGUGCAGAAUGAUUUCUUAUUGAAACGCUAUUCAAUUAUCAUCCUAGAUGAGGCUCAUGAGAGGAGCUUGAAUACAGACAUACUUAUUGGGAUGCUUUCCCGGGUUAUACAAGUCCGCCAGAAAUUAUAUGCGGAGCAGCAAAAGAAGGUGCUUUCAGGAGUAAGGAUUAAUCCUGAAAAUAUGAUUACUCAAUUAAAGCUUGUGCUUAUGAGUGCUACCUUGCGAGUUGAGGAUUUUGUUUCUGAUAGGAGGUUAUUUCAUGAACCCCCACCUGUUAUAGAGGUUCCAACUCGACAAUUUCCCGUGACUAUUCACUUUUCAAAGAGAACGGAGAUAGUGGACUACAGCGGCCAAGCUUACAAAAAGGUCAUGUUGAUUCAUAAGAAGUUGCCACCAGGUGGCAUACUCGUAUUUGUCACCGGCCAGCGGGAAGUGGAAUACUUGUGUCGGAAGCUACAGAAAGCUUCACGGCAGCUGACAGAAAAUAGCUCUAAAGGACAAAUGGGUAAUGUGAAUCCACUUCUCUUGGAAGCAGGCAAUGAGGAGCAAGGACCUGAUAUGAAGGACAUCAAUGAAGCGUUUGAGAUUCGUGGUAACUCUCCUGACCAGCAGAAUGACAUGUUUAGCUCUCGUUAUGAGGAUCUUGAUGAUUUUGGGAGGGAUUCGUACACCUUCAAUUCAGGCUCUGAGAGUGAACUGCCAAAUGAGAGUGAUGAUGAGGAUUCCUUGAGUGAUGAAAUGCCAGAGAAAUCUGAUUUGGUGGUAGAUAUCUUAAGAGAACCUGGGAGCAUUGCUUCAUUGAAAGCUGCUUUUGAGGCUCUGGCUAGCAAAGCACCAAAUGGAAAUCAUGAGGAAAAACCAUGUCUUCCUGUUAUUCCAGCGACAGACGAAUCUUCAAAUCAAUCUUCUAUUUCUGGGAGGAAACAUGGAGUUGAUGGUAUUUGUUCAGGGCCACUGCACGUCUUGCCUCUUUAUGCUAUGCUACCUGCUGCAGCACAGCUCCGUGUAUUCGGAGAGGUGCCUGAAGGAGAGCGGCUUGUUGUGGUUGCUACUAAUGUGGCCGAGACCUCUUUAACUAUCCCUGGCAUAAAAUAUGUGGUCGACACUGGCAGAGAAAAAGUCAAGAACUACAACUGCAGCAACGGGAUGGCCGCGUAUGAAGUUCAAUGGAUAAGCAAAGCUUCAGCUGCCCAACGUGCAGGAAGAGCUGGAAGAACUGGGCCUGGCCACUGUUACCGGCUAUAUUCCUCUGCUGUCUUUAAUAACAUCUUUUGUGACUUCUCGAGUGCUGAAAUAACUAGAAUUCCGGUGGAUGGUGUUGUCCUUGUCAUGAAGUUCAUGGGCAUUGAUAAGGUUGCGAAUUUCCCUUUCCCCACCCCCCCUGAAACUACUGCGUUGGCGGAAGCCGAGCGUUGCUUAAAGUCUAUCGAAGCACUUGAUAGCCUGGGAAGGCUCACUCCUAUCGGGAAGGCCAUGGCGCAAUAUCCUAUGAGUCCACGUCAUUCCCGCAUGAUGCUGACGGUUAUUCAUAUCAUGCGGAAACAGCAAGAUUAUGCUAGAGCAAAUCUAGUUUUGGGCUACACGGUGGCUGCAGCUGCAGCUUUGAGCUUUUCCAAUCCUUUCGUUAUGCAAUUUGGUGGAUUCCAUGGAAGUAAAGAUGACUUGGAUCACGAUGGUGAAAACGAUGCCAACUGGGAUACUGAAAAAAUUCUUGAUCAGGAGGAGAAAUUGAGGCAGAAGAAACUGAAAGCAAUGGCCAAAACUGCGCGUGCGAAAUUCUGUAAUCCCAGUAGCGAUGCUUUGACAAUAGCAUAUGCUCUGCAGCUGUUUGAGCUUGCAGAAGACCCAGCGGAAUUCUGCAAGGACAAUGCGUUGCACUUGAAAACCAUGGAUGAGAUGUCGAAGUUGAGAAAGCAGCUCCUUCAGCUGAUAUUCCAUCAAAAUGCUGUCAGUGGGUUAGAGCAAGAAUUCUCUUGGACACAUGGAAAUGUCGAGGAUGUUGAAUGUGCUUGGAGGAUUUCUUCUGACAAGCAUCUGUUACGACUGAAUGAAGAACAGCUUUUGGGGCAAGCCAUCUGUGCGGGUUGGGCAGAUAGGGUUGCCAAGCGCAUUAGAACAGUCUCAAAUUCAUCAGACAGAGAUCGAAAAGCAAAUGCCCUUCGAUAUCAAGCUUGCAUGGUGAAUGAAACUGUUUUCCUUCACCGCUCGUCGUCAGUUUCACAAUCUGCACCAGAAUUUGCAGUUUAUAAUGAACUGCUUCAAACGAAGCGGCCGUAUAUGCAUGGAAUAACUAGUGUUAAGUCAGAUUGGCUUGUCAAAUACGCAAGGUCUCUAUGCAGCUUCUCUGCCCCACUUUCGGACCCCAAACCUUAUUAUGAUCCUCUUACAGACCAAGUGCUGUGUUGGGUCAGUCCGACCUUUGGCCCGCAUCUUUGGCAGCUGCCGUUGCAUAGUGUGCCUAUUAAAAAUGAUGUGCUCCGAGUGUCUGUAUUUGCUUAUGCGUUGCUUGAAGGCAAUGUUUUGCCAUGCUUAAAAUCUGCUCAGAAGUUCAUGGCUGCUCCACCAUCUAGCAUGUUGAGGCCUGAGGCAUUGGGCCAAAAACGAGUUGGCAAUCUGCUGAAUAAACUAAAGAUUGGUUCUGGGACAAUAGAUAGCCGUGCUGCGCUGAGAGAGGUCUGGGGUAAGAAUCCACAGGAAUUGCAUUCAGAAAUUCAGUGUUGGUUUCAGGAGAGAUUUCAGGAUCAAUUUGAAGAGGUCUGGAUGCAAAUGCAUCGUGAAGUUCUUCUGGAGGCCCAAGAACUCUUUCCGAAAAGGGUAAAGAAAGAAAAGAAAAGGUAGAAUUGCUUGCACAAAAACCAUGUCGAUGUGGCAGUGUUGAGGAGAGUCUUGGAUUUACCUGAAAACUCAACUCUUGAAAAGGGGGGAUGGGCCAUUGUGAUAUAUGAGGCAGAUUUCAUGGAUACCUCAGUGACGAUGUGGGCUGUUCUGUAGUUGGCAUAUUUCUGAGAAUCAUGCAGCUUCUGGUUCUCACUCAAAUAGGAUGCUGAUACAGGUGAAAUGUGAGGCUGACUACUACUCUUUUAUUUGUUGACUUUUCUUAUGUGUGGCAAAUGUGUACAAGAUCCAAACCGAUCAUCAUGUCGGCCUAUGGAAAGGUCAUAUCCCAAAAUCCACACGAUUGCUUGAUUCUAACCUUUGGGUUGGAUGAUUUUUUAGGUAAAAAAGGAAAAUGGAGGGCUGAAAGUACCUUGGUUGACCUUUCCAUAACUAGUUUAUUUUCCUGUGAGUCCUCCAAUGGAAUGGUUAGUAUUGUCAUAUCAGUGCAAUUUUUGGGGUAUAUCCCAUCCAAGGGAGAUCUGACCUGAUGAUGGUUCCAGAUCUCAUACAUGCAUGCCGCCUGUACAAAAAGCAAGUCUAUUAUUAUUUAGGAUUUUGUUAUUAUAGUUUUAAGGCUGUUCGCUUGAGCCAGUAUUGCGUCUCUUUUGACCAUUGUAACCAUAGAUUAUCCACAAAUGGAUUGAAGAUUGAUAUUUUCAUCUUCCCUCAACCUUUUGGGGCUUUCAUUU